CUCAUUGAUUGAAAAAAGAAAAGACACGAUGCAAUCUUCAAAGGAGAAACUGAAAAACGUGGCCAGUGCUGCCAAGGAGCAAGUCGACAUCUAUAAAGCCAAAAUAGACGAGAAGGCAGAGAAAGCAACGGCAAGAACAAAGGAAGAGAAAGUAAUAGCCGAGGAGCGUGCAAAGGCUAAGGAAGCUAAAGCAAAGAUGGAGCUGCAUGAAGCUAAAGCCAGGCAUGCAGCAGAGAAGUUAAGCACCAAUCAAUCACAUAACUAUGGCCUCCACGACCACGAGCCUCACCUAGAUGGAGCUCAUCAGUACCAAGGGCACCAGCCACUUGGGACAGUUCCCAAGCCAGGAGCCACCCAUCCAACUUAUCCACUAGGAGGAAACCCUCCUAGGAACACGCAUAUAUAGAUCUGUGUUUAACUGUAGCUUCUUCUUUCUUUCU